AGCACCCAUCACAUAGAAGCGAAAGUUUCUGGAAAAUUUUUAUUGAGCGUUUUUGGUGCGUUUACCUUGAACAAUCCAUUUUCCUAUACUAGUUCUAAUACUGCAAGUAGCCACAAUUCCGAUCAUCGAAAGUGCGUCGAUAAAUUGCUUUACGACCUCUACCCGUUAUCCAAUUCUAUUAAUCAAUUUCUUAAAAAAUAUUAUGGGAAUCCAUACGAGAAGCUAUCCAAAUUAAAAUCCCAACGACGCGACGCACGAGAUAACCGAAUUACACUCUCCCAACCGAAAAAAAGUCAAACUGAGAUACCAGAAAGAUCUUGUGAUAAGAGGCGGGGAAACAUAGAUUUAUCGCGUGCCAGACGUGGGUUGAAAGCAGAGGAUUCACUACCCGAUGGG